AUGUCCCUCACCCAAAACAACCUCGAUAGUGACCUGAGUAGGUUCGGCUUCGUCGUUGUAGGAAAGAUUUCCUCGAAGCUCAUCGAGAAGCUGCAGACGCAUUUACAAUCAAAGAAGGUCUCGCGCAUAGUUCACCGGCACAGUCAACUGGAGUGGAAUAGUGACUGCGAUGCCAUCUUUAAUGAUUUCGAAACGUCAAGGAUAAGCCUUGCCUUCAUCGUCGUUUCGUCUACUUCCACGAGUUCCCCGAUCCGUCAGCCAUUUUUAAACCUCCUGUUGGACAAGGGCUAUUCGCCGUGUUAA